AUGGACGUCCUACCUGUGAUGGAAGACUGGCCCAAAGUGCGCCACAGCACCGCUCUCCUGGGCGGGACAGCCAGCGGGGAUCUCGCGCUCGUGGACAGCAGCGGAGACCCACGCGCUUGGCUGGCCCCUUUGCAGCCCGCUGGCACCUGCUCCUCCCCGGAGUACCUGCGCCACUCUCCCUGCCCCAGCACUGGAUCUUAUGAGAGCGUCUCUCCUGGCUCCUCCGGACAUCCCAGCCCUCCAAGCUUCAGAAAAACUGCGAAGAGUCCAGCCCCAUCGUCAGUCAAGGUGCGGGACUUGUGCCGCCUCAAAGGCGCUGUCAGUGGCUCUGAGGACGGCCCGAGCAGACAGAGAGCGCCCUCCAGUAAACCUACCAACGGCAUUCAGAAGCAGAGGCGCGUGGCCGCAAACGCGCGCGAGAGAAGGCGCAUGCACGGUCUGAACCACGCAUUUGAUGAACUGCGCAGCGUCAUCCCCGCGUUUGACAACGACAAGAAACUGUCUAAAUACGAGACUCUGCAGAUGGCGCAGAUUUACAUCAACGCUCUGGCUGAUCUUCUGCAGGGACCCGCUCCGAGCGCAUGCGCGGAGGGUUCCAGCGCCGGUUCCCCAAAGGCGGACGUGAGGCUGGGGUCACCGGGAACGUCUGCGCCAGGUGGAGCGUUACCUGCACAAAUGAGUGGAGCGUCCUUUAUGCCGUUCUCUUCCCUGGAGGAGGCUCUGUGCUCUGCCUCGGACUCUGUGCGUAAAGCCUCUCCAAGGAGCGACGGAGAGUUCUCCCCGCGCUCGCACUUCAGUGACUCUGACGAGAACGCGCUCGAGCUACAGUCCAGUGAAGAGGACGAGCUUCCGGAGCUCACACGCCAUCAGCAGCACGUGCCCUUCUGA